AUUAGUGUUUUUAUUUUUCUUAAUUUUAAUUCAACGUUUGAUUUUUGAAAUUUUUAUACUCCCUAUGUGCACUUUUACCUUUUGACAAAGGUUAGGAAAUACUCAUAUCUUAUUGACAAAGUAAUUUGUUCAUUAUCACGGAAAUAAGAGAUUAUCCGGAUUGAAAUCGUUAUUAAUUGAACGAAAUAUAAAUUAUAAUAUUUUUGGUUUAAUAAUCUACCUAAUCCCUAGAGAUAAGAAAUAGAAAAUUGGAAAAAGAAAGGGUCUUUGGGAGAAUGUGAGAUUGUGGAAAAAUAAAAAGACAGGCGAUGGGAGUUCAGCAGUUUAGGAGAUGCGUAUCAAAUGCUUCGGAAGGAUCUAGAAGUAUAGAAACUCCCCCAACAAACCCGAAACAACCAUUCGCAGAAUCAGAUCAGCACUUCUUCACCUUUAUAUAACCCUACCUCCGCUCAGCUCAGCUCAGCUCCUCCAUCUUUACCCUGUCCCUUGUGGUAGCUCCUUUGUAGGGUUUGUCCAUCCAGCCAUCGCGCAUUCUCUGAUCUAAUGGCCGAGACGGAGACAUUCGCAUUCCAGGCGGAGAUCAACCAGCUCCUUAGUCUCAUCAUCAACACUUUCUACAGCAACAAGGAGAUCUUCCUCCGCGAACUCAUCAGUAAUUCCUCCGAUGCUCUGGACAAGAUCCGAUUUGAGAGCUUAACUGAAAAGAGCAAGCUGGAUGCACAACCUGAGCUCUUCAUCCGUAUUGUCCCUGACAAGACAAAUAACACGCUCUCGAUCAUUGACAGUGGAGUUGGAAUGACAAAGGCUGAUCUGGUGAACAAUCUUGGCACCAUUGCUAGGUCUGGAACCAAGGAGUUCAUGGAAGCAUUGGCUGCAGGUGCUGAUGUAAGCAUGAUUGGGCAAUUUGGAGUUGGGUUUUACUCGGCCUAUUUGGUUGCUGAGAAGGUUAUUGUCACCACCAAGCACAAUGAUGAUGAACAGUACAUUUGGGAAUCUCAGGCUGGUGGUUCCUUUACCAUUGCUAGGGACUCCCCUGGGGAGAGCCUUGGUAGGGGCACCAAGAUCACCCUCUUUCUUAAAGAAGAUCAAUUGGAGUAUCUUGAGGAGCGCCGUCUGAAGGAUCUCAUCAAGAAGCAUUCUGAGUUCAUCAGUUAUCCUAUUUCUCUUUGGACAGAGAAGACUAUAGAGAAGGAGAUUUCUGAUGACGAGGAUGAAGAACAAGAGAAGAAGGAUGAAGAAGGAAAAGUUGAGGAGAUCGAUGAAGAGAAAGAAAAGGAAGAAAAGAAAAAAAAGAAGAUCAAGGAAGUGUCACACGAGUGGGCUGUGGUGAACAAGCAGAAGCCCAUCUGGAUGAGGAAACCAGAGGAGAUCUCCAAAGAAGAGUAUGCUGCAUUUUACAAGAGUCUGACUAAUGAUUGGGAGGAGCAUCUGGCUGUGAAGCAUUUCUCAGUGGAGGGGCAGCUUGAGUUCAAGGCAGUACUUUUUGUCCCCAAGAGAGUACCCUUUGACCUCUUCGACACAAAGAAAAAGCUCAACAACAUUAAGCUUUAUGUCCGUCGUGUAUUCAUCAUGGAUAAUUGUGAGGAGUUGAUACCCGAAUACCUGAGCUUUGUAAAGGGUAUUGUGGAUUCCGAGGAUCUUCCUCUAAACAUUUCCCGAGAAAUGCUGCAGCAGAACAAGAUCCUCAAGGUUAUCCGUAAAAACCUCGUCAAGAAAUGCAUUGAACUCUUCUUUGAAAUUGCAGAGAACAAGGAGGACUAUGAUAAGUUCUACGAGGCCUUCUCCAAGAACUUGAAGCUUGGCAUUCAUGAGGACUCUCAAAACAAAUCAAAGCUUGCUGAGUUGCUACGCUACAACUCCACCAAAUGUGGGGACGAGUUGACCAGCCUGAAGGACUAUGUCACAAGGAUGAAAGAAGGCCAGAAUGAUAUUUAUUACAUCACAGGAGAGAGCAAGAAGGCUGUUGAGAACUCCCCCUUCCUGGAGAAGCUGAAGAAGAAGGGUUAUGAAGUGCUGUACAUGGUUGAUGCUAUUGACGAAUACGCAGUAGGUCAGCUGAAGGAGUUUGAAGGGAAAAAGCUUUUGUCUGCCACAAAGGAGGGAUUGAAGCUGGACGAGAGUGAAGAAGAGAAGAAGAAGAAAGAAACUUUGAAGGAAAAAUUUGAGGGUCUAUGCAAAGUAAUAAAGGACGUGUUGGGAGACAAGGUUGAGAAGGUAAUCGUGUCUGAUCGAGUGGUGGAUUCUCCCUGUUGUUUGGUGACCGGAGAGUAUGGGUGGACAGCAAACAUGGAAAGAAUCAUGAAGGCGCAGGCUCUAAGGGACUCGAGCAUGGCUGGAUAUAUGUCUAGUAAGAAGACGAUGGAGAUUAAUCCCGAGAAUCCAAUCAUGGAGGAACUGAGAAAGAGGGCUGAUGCAGACAAGAAUGACAAGUCAGUGAAGGACUUGGUUCUGUUGUUGUUUGAGACAGCUCUGCUGACCUCUGGCUUCAGCUUGGAUGACCCAAAUACCUUUGGCAAUCGAAUCCAUAGGAUGCUGAAGCUGGGAUUGAGCAUCGAUGAAGAUAGUGCAGAUGUUGAUGCUGAUAUGCCUCCCUUGGAGGAUGUUGAUGCCGAAGCUGAGGGUAGCAAGAUGGAGGAGGUUGACUAAAUUGGAUCUUGGGGGAUUCGAUUGUCUCUUGCGUACUGUCAAUGUUUUUAUUUUAAUUUUUCUUUAAUGCUGCCUUGGUUCCGUAGCAUGUUAAAAACAUUUGGUAGGUAAAAUUUCCAUAUUUUCUUUUCCGAAUUUAGCCCUGCUAAAACAAUAUAUUCUUGAGUUUUAUUUAAUUAAUGCAUCUCUUCUGUGUUUGCCUCA